CCCAUCUCCACCUCCAUGCUUUACGCCGGAGACCAAUAAUGAGGCCAAACAGUCAAGCACUCAGAUCCUCACAUGACACGGAGAGGGAAUUCGGAGGAGCACUGGGUGCUUUAUGCAUACCCAUCUCUCUCCCGCUGACGGUGCUGUUCCUGAUCGGUGUGAGUCGGACCCCUGAGGCCAGUGUGUUCCAGUGGCCACCCCCCCUUCCCUCCACUGACCAGCUAUGGGACCCUCUGGCCCCUGUGCUUCUGCUGGGCUGGAUCGCGCUGCACGCCCUCCUCUAUGUGAUGCCAUUAGGAAAGGUGUCUGAAGGAUUAGUGCUGAGGGAUGGAACGCGCCUCAAGUAUCCUAUCAAUGGUUUCUUUGGCCUGUGCGUCAGCUGUGUGCUGCUGCUGUUGCUGCUGGUGCUCGGGGCCCCUCUGGGGUCUCUGUUUGAGCUGCUGUUGCCUCUGGCAGCGUGCGCAAUGGCAGCGUCGUUCCUGCUCUCCGUCUACCUCUACGCCCGCUCCUUUUGUGUGCCGGCUCAUGCUCUCGCCUUGGGGGGCAACACAGGAAAUCACCUUUAUGACUUCUUCAUCGGACGGGAGCUAAACCCUCGGAUUGGAUACUUUGACCUUAAAUAUUUCUGUGAGCUCAGACCGGGUCUGAUUGGCUGGGUGGUCAUAAACCUCGGCAUGUUGAUGAAGGAGGUGGAGCUCCGCGGUUCCCCGUCACUCGCCAUGAUACUGGUCAACAGUUUCCAGCUGCUGUACGUGGCGGACGCUCUGUGGAAUGAGGAGGCCGUUCUAACAACCAUGGACAUUGUGCAUGAUGGCUUUGGCUUCAUGUUGGUCUUCGGGGACCUGGCUUGGGUUCCCUUCACGUACGGCCUGCAGGCCUCCUUCCUGGUCGUGCACCCACAGGCCCUCAGUUCACUCGGAGCAGCGACUAUAAUAGCGCUGAACGGUAUUGGAUAUUAUAUUUUCAGGAAGUCCAACUCGCAGAAGAACCAGUUCAGACGAGACCCGACACAUCCAAGUGUUGCAAGGCUGGAGACCAUCGCCACAGCAACGGGGAAACGUCUGCUGGUGUCUGGCUGGUGGGGGCUCGUCCGGCAUCCCAAUUACCUCGGUGACCUCCUCAUGGCCCUGGCGUGGUCCCUGCCAUGCGGCUUCUCACACCUCCUGCCGUACUUCUAUGUCGUAUACUUCACUGUGCUGCUGAUUCACCGAGAGGCCCGCGAUGAGAGACAGUGUCGGGCCAAAUACGGACUGGCUUGGGACUCCUACUGUCGACGUGUGCCCUACAGGAUCUUCCCUUACGUCUACUGAACAGCAACGCAGACCAAAUGCCGUCCAACACAAACUUACAUUGUGUUUGCUAAUCGCCUUAGAAGACUAAUAUCUGAUUAGAAAACCCUUGUGCAAUUAUGUUAGCACAGCUGAAAACAGUUAUGCUGGUGAUAUAAGCUAUACAACUGGCCUUCCUUUGAGCUUGAAGUUUGAAGAACAAAAUUAAUACUUCAAAUAUUAAUCAUUAUUUCUAACCUUGUCAAUGUCUUGACUAUAUUUUCUAUUCAAUUUUCAAUUCAUUUGAAAAAUAAAAGUGAGUUUUCAUGGAAGACACAAAAUUGUCUGGAUGACCCCAAACUUUUGAACGGUAGUGUACAUAUGUAUAUGUGUAUAUGUAUGUAUGUGUAUGUUUGUAUGUAUAUAUAUGUGUGUAUUCUUGUUUUCCCCCAUUUCUGUUUUGGGUGUUUUGUUACUCUUGUAACACCAGCAUUACCAAAUGGGAUUUGUUUUGUUUAUAAAUAACAGCACUAAUUUGGCCUUGAUUUUUUGCAAAAGCACAUUUUGAAGGGCAUAAUUUCUAAAAAUAUUUUGCACAUAAUUGACAAAUUACAUGUCAUGCUUUUUCUAAAUAAGGCCAGUAAUUGAAAAUGAUCUUAGUAUUUAGUUACAAAUGCAAGUGAUGGGUAUUUUUGUAAACGAGACAGCAGCUGACAGUCGGAGUGGUCACGCUCAAGUCUCGGUCUGGACCGACAAUCCACCGUCCAAAUAAAAGCACAAGUGCGAACAGGUUUGACACAUUCUUGGACUCAAUCAGCAACUGUUAAGAAAGCACACCUGCUCCUUUUUGUUAUUCUCUGGAUGAAAACAUGUAUUUUGUUGUAACUAACAGUAUGUAGAUGUGUUGCCCAGAGUGUAUUUGUGAUGAAGGUAGAGAUUACCACCACAGGACAUUUUGUGUACGAAGACAAUUAAACAAAAUUCAUUCUGUGUCCGGCAGGAAUUUGAGUGUGCCGACCACACACUCCACUCAACUGUUUAAUUUCCUCAUUUUUAAUUAAAAAUAUCUUCUUUUAAUCAAAUAAUUCACCUUUGGAGUUGAUGUGUGUGGCAGCGGGGUGUGUUUAAGCUCGGCUGCAGAGUGGGUGGAGCGGGGGUGUGGUUCAGGGAACGGUGUCUGAUUGUCAUCAGCUGGUCGGAUGACAAUCGGACCAGCUGAUGACAAUCUAGGUUUGUGUAUCUGCGAGGCUCUGUCCCCAUAAAGGAGCUGGACAGGAGGAAGAGGGGAGCGAUGAGCAGAGACACAGUCGGCGGUCAGAGCGCUCAAAUAAAGCACGUUACCAACGUU